AUGAAUCUGAAAGAUCUCCCCCAGGGUGUUGUCAAGCUCGAAACAUAUGAUGACGGGGUGGAUGAUGCUCCUCGAUAUCCAACUGUGGUACAGGGACACCGUAAUAACAUGCAGAAAUUCAAGAACUGUGUCAUUCUCACAAGAGUCGGGGGGUUCUAUGAGCUUUACUUCGAACAAGCCGAGGAGCUCGCCCCAUUGCUCAGUUUGAAGCUCGCAAGUAAAAAGACCAGUGCUGGGCCGGUGCCGAUGGCUGGCUUCCCCUUCUUCCAACUCGAUCGAUUCCUAAAGGUUCUUGUUCAAGACCUCAAUAGAUACGUUGCUAUUAGUGAAGAGUUUGCCAUCAAGGAAGAGGAGAAAAUGCGCUCUGGAGGCCUCCUAUUUGAUCGGAAAGUGGCCAGGAUUAUUAGUCCCGGUACAUUGAUUGAUGAGAAAUUCAUCGACCCUUCCGAAAACAACUUCUUACUGGCCAUAUACCUGGAUGUUCCUGCCCUGGAGGCACAAUCAAGACAACAUGUUGACGAUCCGUCUUCGCAGCACGUAUUGUCCACUGGUCCUCAAAACGUAGGACUGUCGUGGCUGGAUCUUUCCACGGGGGAUUUUUUUACCCAGCUCACAACGACACAAAUGCUUCCAUCUGCCAUUGCCCGAAUUGGAGCUCGGGAGAUCCUUGUGGACCAGAAUGCCCAGGACAUUAUUGGGCAAGAGUUGCAACUUCUGGUUGGGCAGGAACACCGACUUGUUACCUUUUUUCGAUUUCCCAGCACGAUCGCACCGAUGUUAGAAUGGGAGACAAUGCUGGAUGGCCCUAUCCCUCAGGAAAGCCAUGCCUCCUUCACGCCCGAGGAAGUGGCUGCUGGGUACAGUUUGCUCGAAUACAUUCGGGUGCAAUUGCAGCGAUCUGACCUCAAGCUCCAGCCUCCACGCCGGCGACAUUUGGAUGAAUCAAUGAGCAUCGAUCGCAAUAGCCUGAGGGGACUUGAAAUUUUAGAGACUGCACGAGAUGGGUUUGGAAAGGGCAGCUUGCUUCACGCGGUUCGCAGAACAAGCACCAAAAGUGGCGCACGUCUUUUGCGAGACAGGCUUACCUCUCCCUCUACUUCACUUCAGGCCAUUAAUGAGCGCCUCGAUUUGGUCUCGGUUUUUAUUGAAAAUGAAGAUCUCCGUGAGAGCGUGGUGCAACUAUUGAAACGAAGCUAUGAUUCCCAGCGUCUGGUUCAGAAAUUUGCUCUCGGCAAAGGAGACCCAGAUGACUUGAUCUGUCUUUCUCGAGCCACAGAAGCGGCCAAGGGGGUUAAACAAGUCCUUUCAGACCAUGUGAGGCUAUUAUCUUCUAUCGGUAUCUCGGAUGCUCAAAGCAGCCUCGCCUCUAUGGUUGCACGACUUCAACUUGACGGGCCCAUCGCUCUAGCAGAGCGGAUUCUUGCGGCCAUUGACGAAGAGGGCCUACUUCAAAAACAGCGCAUCGAGGAUAGCACGGCCGCCGAAGCGGCUAGCUUGGCUCAAGAGGUUACUAUGAAUGAAGGAACGUCGAGUGACAUGGAGUCGUUGCCCAAGAAAGUGAGGACGAAAGGGGCCGAGCGGGCCCCAGCAACAGACUCCGAGUCGGGGCCAGGUGAGACGUGGAUCAUGAGACGUGAUGCAAGCAAAGUUCUGAAUGCACUUCACGAAGAGUUGGAGCAGCUUGUCAAUGACAAGUCCGAACUCACUCAGCGACUCCGAGAUUCGGUGGGGUCGACGUCCUUGAACCUCAAAUGGACCCCUGGUCUGGGUCAUAUUUGCCACGUCAAAGGUGCCAAAAUCUCCCAGCAGUCCCUUGAGGAGCUGGGAGUGACUCGAAAUGUCUCUUCUACCAAGUCGACUCGCUCAUUCUACCUUCCUACAUGGACAGCACUGGGCAACAAAAUGGACCACAUCAAGGUUCGGAUUCGUCAGGAAGAACAAGCCAUUUUUGAACGCCUGCGCCGUGAGGUCAUCAUAAACUUGGUCAAGAUCCGCCGCAACGCAGCCGUCAUGGACGAGUUGGAUGUCGCUUGUUCAUUCGCGACUCUAGCCCAGGAGCAGCAGAUGGUCCGACCUGUCCUCAAUGAUGGGACAAUGCACAAGAUAGUGGGAGGAAGACACCCUACCGUCAAGCUGGGUCUCGAAGAGCAGGGACGGUCUUUUGUGAGCAACGACUGCUUCCUCGGUGACAAGGAACAGAUCUGGCUUAUCACUGGUCCCAACAUGGCAGGCAAAAGUACAUUUCUGCGUCAAAACGCUUUGAUUACCAUCCUUGCACAGAUCGGCUCCUAUGUACCUGCAGCUUAUGCCGAGCUCGGCAUCGUCGAUCAGAUUUUCAGCCGUAUUGGCGCGGCCGAUGAUCUGUUCCGCGAUCAGUCGACGUUUAUGGUGGAAAUGCUCGAGACAGCUGCCAUCCUGAAGCAAGCCACGCCGCGUUCCUUUGUGAUCAUGGACGAAGUCGGCCGAGGCACGACGCCUGAGGAUGGCACUGCCAUCAGUUUCGCCUGUCUACACCAUUUGCAUUAUCACAACCAGAGUCGAACGCUCUUUGCCACUCACUUCCACGGGCUCGCGGAUAUGACACAGAACUUUGAACACCUCGAGAGGUACUGUACCGAUGUGAAAGAAACGGUUUCCGGCUCUUUCUCUUUCAUCCAUCGCCUCCGAAAAGGUGUCAAUCGGGAGUCACAUGCCCUUAAGGUUGCUCAACUAGCAGGUCUACCCCGGGAAACUAUCGACCUAGCAACCCGUGUUCGACAGGAGAUGAGGGAUGAGGUGGCUUCACUUCAGGCCUCAGAUGACGAUCAGCAUGUCUCGCAUGGAGCCUAA